AGUUCCGUUACAGCAACAUGUUAUCACGGGCACCUUUCAUGGUGCCCAAUCUGAAUUGCCCUUUUUUAAUUUUUCAAAAGUUUUUAAUUAAAAAUAUAGAGCAUAAAAUCACUAUAUUCUAAAGUGUCAGUAUUCUUAAGCUUUAAGGGGACAACUAUUCUCAGAAGAUAAAUACUAAACAUGUGUCCACCCGUAUAUAUUACUUGCAUCUACGAUAGUCUAUAUUUAUAUAAAAUAUGUGUAGUUCAUGGUAGAAUACAGCAGUUAAUAUUUAAGAUAAGAUUCUGAGGCAAAAGACGAGAAUUGGAAUCUCUCUGAAACUGUUUGAUUUCUAAAAGCCUUUUUCUAGUCAACACAGCAAAUAUACAUGAAUAAAAAUAUUUGAAAGAUACAUCAUAAUCCAAUCAGGUAAAAAGCGGGCACAGUCUGAACCAAAUAGCGAAACGUGAAGCUUUUGCUGUUUCAAUUGCUUUCGUCUGACUAGAAAGCGCAACGCGUGCGCAGUAGGCAAAAUAGCUUUUUUUUUCGUCUUCCGCCCGUUCUUCCCUUCCACUUCCGAAAGGUCCUUUAAAGGACCAGCAAAUCUUUAAAGAAACGAAUUAAAAAUGGAGACUAAAAUCAAUUGUCCCAUGAGAAUGUGAGAUGAUUAAAUCGGGGGACUCUUGCGACUCACUGAAAGGCUGGGUUUCAAAUUCAAGGCAAAGCAAUUGAGCUCAGCCUGCUGCAAUUCGGUUCCGAGGGGCAAGCACGUAAUGGAGUUGCCGGAGCCUGCAGUCGGAAAAGUCGGUGACUUAGAGGAAGCAGGGGAGACUGGACUCUGCCGGCGAUCACCGCCAGUAUCGGUAGCAGCGGUACUACCUGCCGGAGGAAGCGGUGAAAGGUUGGGUGGCAGCACUCCGAAGCAAUUUUGUCUCAUGCUGGGGAGGCCGCUCAUUAGCUAUACCGUGCAGGCAAUAGAAAGAAUCAACUGGAUUUCUGAUGUUGUUGUUGUGGUCUCUUCAGAAAAUAUUGAAAUAAUGAAAUCUAUUAUUAGAAAAUAUGGCCACGAACGGACAACGGUAGUAGAAGGUGGACUAACCCGUCAUAGAUCUAUUUUCAAUGGAUUGAAAGUAUUUGUAAAAGGCAACACAUUCUGUGCUCCAUUCCACAAACCAGAAAUAAUAGUAAUCCAUGAUGCUGUCCGACCAUUUGUUGAAGAGGAUAUUCUUUUUAAAGUGGUUAUGGCUGCCAAAGAGCAUGGGGCAGCAGGAGCAAUCCGUCCUCUUGUUUCCACAGUUAUUGCUUCCACCACAGAUGGAUGUUUAGACCAUUCACUAGAUCGUGCCAAAUACAGAGCAAGUGAAAUGCCUCAGGCUUUCUUAUUUGAUAAAAUUCAUCAAGCAUACCUUCAGUGUAGUGACUAUGAUCUGGAUUAUGGAACAGAAUGUUUGCAUCUAGCUCUAAAAUAUAGCAAAAUAAAUGCUAAGCUUAUUGAAGGAUCUCCUGACCUAUGGAAGGUAACUUACAAGUGGGAUCUUUUUGCAGCUGAUUGUUUAAUCAAAGAUACUAUAUCACAGGAAGUUUGCAUUAUUACUGACAUAAAGGAAGAUGCUGUGCAAGUGGGAUUUCUCCUUAAUGAAAAAAUGAAGAAUCAUGUAAAACAUGUUCAAAAUGAAGCAAUCACCCUUCAUAAAAAUGAUAACUUACAAAAUAUUUUGUUAAGACAGUGCUACAACUUUAUUUAUAUAAAUAAUAAACAGCAUGGCUUGGAGGAAAUCUCACUGCUGGUAGACAAAAUUGAAAACACGUGUGCUUUGGUUUUGUACCCUGUAGUUCUCAUUUUGGUAAACAUGGGCACUUUAGAAAAUACAUCUUUUAAUACUGGAAUUGAAAGCUUAACUAUACUUGCAAAGGAAGUGAAAAAGAAAAAUAUCUUACUUUAUGGUCUCUUUAUACAGUAUAAAAAGGAAAGUCUAAAACUUCAAGAGACCAUGGAUUCAGCAGCUGCACUUAUUACUAUAUUAAUAAGAGAACGAAAUCCUGCAUUUGUUGGUCAGCUUCUAGUAGCAUGAAAAAUAAUAUUUUCAGUUAUUUGUGUUUGAAAGUACAGAUUUUUUUAACAAUUAAAAACUAGUGUUUGUCACUAAUAUAUUUAGCAUGAAAUAAAAAUAUUUUAAUAAAUAUAUUUAUAAUAAAUACAGAAGAUUCAGUUGCACGUUGUCUCAAGUGCCUUGAGCUGCGAGGAGUAUUAUGAAGUGGGCUAAAUAAAAUACUUUUAACAAGAUGUAAGUGAAGAGUAUUUUUGAAAUAUUCUGGUUUUAAGUCUGGUUCUAAAUCUGGUUCUGUUGAACUCUAAAUUUAGGAAGCUGUCAGAAGUUAUUUAUUAAAAUGCAUAUAGCUGUUAUUUUAUAGAAAUACUGUAUAGUCAUAUGCUCACAGUUUUGCUGUUUUUGUAAAUAAGCAAAAUAGAAAGGUCCAUAUAAGUGUCGUUACAACCUUUGUUUUGCUUUAUGUAGCCUCUACAGUUGAUAUCAUCUAACAUAUAAUGGAGAUAGAUCAGCUUGCCAAAACUGAUUUACCUCAGAUGACCUGGAUUUCAGCUUCCGUAAUGUUUAAACAUCAUUGAGAAUUUUAGAAAUUGGGGAAGACUAAAUUGUAUUUUGUGAACACAGUAGUAAGAUCUGUUGUAUGGGCAAAAUAAAACAAAGUACUACAAAUUACACUUAUGAAACAGGUUACACUAUAGAAUAAUACUUACAUGAUAGGAUUAAACACAAUUCCAUCAUCACCAAAUGAAAUUCUAGAAUAUAGUACUGUAGUAGUAGUAGUAGUAUUGCCACUACUAGAGUUUUCUUCGUUUCAUGAGCAUCCUGAUCUUCUAUAUUAAAAUGAAUCAGAAAUCCUCACAUAGAAAACUCUCUGUAAAUCUCCUGAGCUGGAAAUAAAAGCCUAAUUCAAGUGACUGUUAAGAAGGCUCACAUAUUUCACUUCAACAUUUUCUGUUUUAUUUUGGCCUAGCAAGUUGUAUCAGUCCAGCUGUUAGGGUUUGUUGAUCAUGAUUGUGGGCUUGACAUUGCACAUGAAUGCAUCUUCUGUAACUAAUGGAACCAGAACCUUGCAUUUUCAUAUUUUAGAGCAGCUAACUUGUAUCUGUCCUGGAAUGUAAGAAAGACCUCAGGAGAUAGGAUGAAAAAAUGCUGCCUAGGAAAUGGUAAAAUAAACUGCAUAGCCAAUAGCUGCAUAAUGGGCAGAGAAAGAGAAGAGUCUCUAUAUCUUUUUUACAGGCAGUUAAGGAGACAGUGGGAUAUUUAUACUUUUAAAGUUGCAACAUUCUGUUAAUGUAACCUUACAAUAUAGUAGAAUCAAUUCAUAUGAGUAUUUUUCCUGUCUGAUUUACCCGGAAGGCUGACAUUAUCUUAGGUCAUCUCCUUUUUAUGCAGAGACUACUUUAUUUUUAUCCAGCCUUUAUUUUGGAACAAGUUGAGGGAAUAUAUAUUAUUCCCCACAACAAUUCUGUAAAGUGGGUAGGACUGAGAGGGUGAUUGGCCCAAAGUUAUCCAGCCUGACUUUCAUGUCUGAAGGAAAACUAUAUGGUUUUUAUGUCAACAUCUUGACUACUGUACUACUUGUGUUCAGCAAUAAAUGCUAAACAUUUAAUUGCAUAUUUAUAAUUCUAUAAUAUUAGUAGUAAGGAUUGAAAGAGCUUAAAUGUUUUUUUUAAAUGCUAAUACAUUGUUUAUUUUCUACAUGUUAUUUGUGGAAAACAUUAUUUUAAUACUAAUAAUAAGCUACUAUUUAAAUUAAGAUGUUCUCUUAAGAAAUCAUAUAAUGCCCACUUUAUUGUCCUUAUUAUUCAUAUGGAAUAAUUUGUAACCUAAUACCCUUAUGUAUGCAUGAACAUACUCCAAUUGCAUUUAUGAUCCUCAACUGCAUGAUUUCAUGUAAUAUAUGUAAAAAUACUAAAUAAGUUUGGCUGAUAUUAGAUGAGCAUUAAGCAAUUUUAUACUUUAUUGUGGAUAUUCAUGCACAUAGUCUUUGAGAUUGAGUAGAUCAUUAAUCAUCUCUUACGUUAUUUCAUACAUACUUGAGGUAAAUAAAAAUGCUUAUAAACUGACACCUUGAAUAUCCCCUUAGGUGCUGUUUGCUUCAUGAAGUUAAAAUUUACCAUUUAUGAUAGAGUUAAUAGAUCAAUUAGAGUAGUUUGGUGCAGAAAUUCUAUUUUCAAGUAAUUCUUCUGAAAAUGUUAUAGCUUCCUUCUGAAUAGUGCAAUAGGAAUGUAAUCAAUACUAAGAAGGUCAUGCAAAUUGUUAAAAGCAAAUAAAUAAUAUGGUGAAUGUUCAAUAAUUCUGUGAGUUCUUCCUAGGAAAGUGUACAAUUUUGUAUUUUCCUAUGAGUCAAGCAUUCAUAGGAUGUCAAUUGGAAAGACAAGACUGUGAUCAAACUUUUCAAGGAAAGGGAAAGAAAAAUAAAAA